AAAACCAAAAUGGAUUUCUACUAUUUGCCCGGCUCCGCUCCCUGCCGCUCCGUCAUCAUGGCCGCUAAGGCUGUUGGCGUUGAGCUGAACAAGAAGCUGCUGAAUCUGCAGGCUGGCGAGCAACUGAAGCCCGAAUUCGUGAAGAUCAAUCCGCAGCACACGAUUCCCACGCUGGUGGACAAUGGCUUUGCACUGUGGGAAUCGCGAGCCAUUCUGGUCUACCUGGUGGAGAAAUACGGCAAGACCGAUUCGCUCUAUCCCAAGUGCCCCAAGAAGCGCGCCCUGAUCAACCAGAGAUUGUACUUCGACAUGGGCACCCUGUACCAGAGUUUUGCCAACUACUACUAUCCCCAGCUGUUCGCCAAGGCACCCGCCGAUCCCGAGCUAUUCAAGAAGAUCGAGACUGCCUUCGAUUUCCUGAACACUUUCCUGGAGGGCCAGACCUAUGUCGCUGGCGACUCACUCACCGUCGCCGACAUUGCCAUUUUGGCCACCGUGUCCACCUUCGACGUGGCCAAAUUCGACAUCAGCAAGUACGAGAACGUGAGCAAGUGGUACGAGAACGCCAAGAAGGUGACCCCCGGCUGGGACGAGAACUGGGCCGGUUGCUUGGAGUUCCGUAAAUUCUUCGAUUAAGCUUCAUUCCGUGUCGAGUAUUAUUAUAUCCAUAAUUUAUGCAUACAACUAACUCAUAAAACGAUUUGAUAUCGUCAAUUGUAGUGCGCUAAUUUUUUGCAUCAAGCGAGACCGGUACGAAUGAUAUUUUUGCUUCAAAUAAAAGAGUAUUCGUUUUGAUUGAGUA